AUGGAGCGCAACUAUGUCUCCGCUGGCCAGGUACAGGCCACCGGGUACACCAUGAUUGCUCUGUCCUCCGCGGUGGUCAUUGCUCGGUUUAGUCUGAUCCUCUGGAAGUUGCGAGCGCUGCAGAUCGAGGACGGCUGCGUGCUGCUGGCCUGGGGGUGCUUCCUGGCCAUGAGCAUUGCGUACAUCAUGGUCAUGCCGGUGGUGUACAAGGUCGAUGCGUACGCGGACGGGGAGAUCGCGCCGUGGGCGAGCAUGAUGUCGGACGCGCUGUUCAUGAUCAAGGUCUUCUUUGCCAACACGAUGCUGCUGUGGGGGUCCCUGUGGUCCGUCAAGCUGUCGUUCCUGUUCCUCUAUCGGCGAUUGCUCCGCGACUUGCCGGGGGAGAUGAAGUGGUGGUACAUGUGUGUCCGGACCUUUAUCGGGGCAGUCAUCUCCAACUUCACCUCGUGUCAAAGAGAGUGCGACACGCAUCGCGAUGCGGUGGCCGAGAUCGCCAGUUUGUAUUAUAGCUUUGCAGUGGACGUGGUCAGCGAUAUCAUGAUCAUGAUACUGCCGUUGCGCCUGGUCUUGUCGCUGCGGAUGCCGCUGGGCCAGAAGCUCAGCGUGGCGGCGGUGUUUGCGCUGGGCAGCAUCUGCGUCGUCAUGGCCGUCGUGCGCGUCGUCCAGAUCGGCACGCGCGCCAACAGCGACAGCACCCCGAGUAGUUCCUGGCUGGCCUUCUGGGGGAUGAUCGAGGCCGGCAUCGCCGUCAUCGUCGGAUGCCUCCCAGCCUUCGCCAUCGUCUACCGUCGCACGAAGAACUCCAACCGCUACGAGAGCAGCUACAUGGGCAUGUCCUCGUCCGUCAACGUCCCGCAGGAUAUCGCGCUGUCGGAGAUCUCAGGCAAUGGGACCCUCAAAGACGCAGAGAUGAAGUUCAACAUCACUCCACCGUUACCGUCACGAGUCUCGGACGAGGAAACAUGAGGUCAGAUACCAGGCAUUGAUGUUAUCAUGAGAAACGGGGUUAUGCUGUGGACAGCCGAGGCUAGAGUAGUACAUAAAAGUGGCUGUGGAGACAAACUAUCUAUAGGAUGGUGGAUAGUAUGGAACAAUGCAUUACUGAUUGGGCCCAACGCACUUCAACAGAUACAGGGAUUAGCAGAGCUAAUAUUCCCCACACACUCAGUAAUCCCAGUCACUUGCAACCAAUAAAGCUCAUGUUGUUGAAGGGCUGAUUUCCGCAAGGCUGCGACUAAGCACCCCUGCCCCAGAGCAAAGAACAAUCCCCAUGUCAGCCUCAGAUAGAUCCACCUUUACUGA